UUCGAAAAUUUCCGCUGGCAUUGAGCGAGAGCCUUAGGAAAGAAUAUAGCGAAAAGCAAGCAAACAGCUGAGGCUUCCAGCCUGUUCUUCCACCACACACCGCCAAUCGCCAAAUCUUUUUACUAUGAAGAGAGGGUCAAAACGUGCUCCACGAGACUAGACCAGUCCAGCGCCACGAUCACUUCGACAAAAUAACCCAAUAACAUAGCUCUCUCGGUGUUUGUUGAUUCAUCGUGUUAUUUCCCGUGCAACUUGGUGUAGCGCGUAGUGUCGUCAGUACGUACAUCCGUGUUCCAGCGUUCCACUUGCCUCAGUUCUUCUGCUAUGCAGAUAAGUUGCUAGACAAUUGAAAACUGCGCUUGUGUAAAGUAAAGAAUCGCAAGAAAAGUAGUUUAAAUGGUGUCGAUUAGCGCUAAAUCCGGUUGCUCGCCUAAUCGGUAGUGUGAAACAAAGACUGCUGCCAUGGAUAUUAAUAUAGUUACCAUUCGUCUGGUACCCGAGAAGAAGGGACUUAUACUUAAGCACUCGGAAUAUGAGAUAACCAGCAGAAAACACAAAGUCACCGUAGUGCGACGAUAUAAUGAUUUUGUGACUUUGUACAACUUGCUGGUAACGAGGUUUCCCUAUCGAAUGUUACCACGGCUGCCACCAAAGCAGAUUAUGCUGGAUUCAUUACUGGAAGAGCGGCGACGUGGUUUGCAGCGAUGGUUGCAGAUUGUCUGUCAACAUCCAAUCGUAGGAAUCGGUCCAAUGCUCGAAUGUUUUUUAACGGACACAACCUCAGAUCACCAAGAUCAUCUUCGAACUGUUUACGCGAAAGAACUGGAUGAAUUUUUGAAAUUAGCUGACAACGCGGAACUUCCACUGGAGGACCAGGGACGACUUGCUGCUAGUCGAGAAAUGAUGAGAAUUAUGCUGAAUUGUAUCAUAAGGAUCAAAAGGCUGGCAGAACAACAAAUGGCAAGGAUACACAACCAAGGCCUGGAUAUGAGAGAAAUGUCGACAGUGUUAACAAAUAUAGACACAUCGAGUGGAUGCUUUGAACCUGAUAUAUUUGGAAGCAUGACUACAGGGUUACAGAAAAUUGCUGACAUAAAUGCGAAAAGUGCAGGCAUACAAAUAUCCUCGAUUGUCGAAAAAAUCAAUUUGCUUUUGGAUGUUCUUACUGGUCACAGUGACCUCUGCGAUAGAGUCGAGAAAGGAAUUGUCUCUGAGCAUCAGCGUGCAAUCGCAAAAAUGUUGAACAUAAAUAAGCAAAAAAUUAAGGGUGUUAUCAGAGGCAGUGCGGCAGAGAGUGUUGCCGCACUUCAUGAGAAAGAAGUAGCUCAAACGGGGGUAGUAGGCAGCCUGGGACGCCGAAGUGCCUUCAGCUUGCAGUGCGUUUUACAAGAAACGGCUUUAGCUCGAAAAUAUCUACAAGUUUUGCCUUCAAUUUUGCUCUCCUUUUGCUAUGAACAACAGCAAAAUAACAUUGAAACUGCCAAAGUUUGGGAAAAUAUUGUUGCAAGUGAGGCGAACCAAUUAAACCAAUAGUUUUUUCAUCCAGAAACGAAAAGCAUUUGGAGACAGGCACUACAAUUCAUUACUGUCUACUGUUAAUUAUUUGUAUGAGAGAUGUUGUAUAAAGUAGAUAUAAUUUAUGAUUGCAUUAGGCAGGGUUGGCGUUGAAAUACAUUUAUUAGUCAUUUCGCCGAGAAUUUUAAAGACUUUGUUGCAAUUAUAUUCACCGGAGUUUUUAAAAGAGAAAAAUAUAUUAAGACUUUUUAAAUAAU